UCUCUUUGAUAAAUAGGCCAUUUACUCUCAACUCCCCCCUCCAAUAUUUUCCGGGAUAUGUAUCGUAUCCCCUCUCCAUGCUUCUAACACACCACCACCACCACCACCACCACCACAACCCUCUUCUCCUUCUCCGGCCAACGCUGUCGUCGUCGUCGUCGCCAUCGUCGCCAUGUCGAACAUCCCCACGCCCCUGACCCUCUUCCUCCUCUCCUCUCUCGGUCGUCGUUGUCGCCGACUGUAAGACGCAGAGUGAUUCCUUUUCCUUGUUCUUGACAUAAGGGAGGGUGGGCGGUGUAAGAUGGGGGUGCACUUGCACUACCUGAAGCACUUGGGGGGAGCGGGGAGGGGGCGGCCGGAGGCGGUGCCGCCGAAGGGGUGGGUGGCGAUACGGGUGCUGGGCGGGGAGGGGGAGGAGCCGCAGCGGUUCGUGGUGCCGGUGGCGCACCUCAACCACCCGCUCUUCGCCGGGCUGCUCCGCGAGGCCGAGGAGGAGUUCGGCUUCGACCAGAAGGGCGCCAUCGCCAUCCCCUGCCCCGUCGCCCGCUUCCGCCGCGUCCACAGCCUCAUCCACCGCGAUUGCGCCGCCGCCGCAAACGCCGCCGCCACCGCCUUCCUCCACCACCAUCACCACCACCACAAUUUCCACCUCUCAGGUUGCUUCAGAGCGUCGUCGUACUGAACAUCAAGCCCAUGCAUAUAUAUACACAUAUACAGUAUCAAGUGCUUGGUAUUAUCAAUAGUAUAGUAACCUGACACACUAUCUCUCUAUAUAUAUAUAUAUAUAUAAGCCGCGCGCGUAUUGUAUGUUAGUGUUUGUUAGAGAGUUACUAUUUAAUUAGGAAUUCUUUUUUUUCUUUUUUUUUGUUUUUUGGUUUUAGUUUUGGUUUUGGUGCGGUAAAAGGAUCGAUCAGCGGGGUAAGGAACGAGGACGAAUGAAAUUUGUAAGGUACGUACGUAUUAAUGAAUUGGCAAAGUUCCAAAUAUUAUUAUUAUUUUUAUGCUUGUUGGAAAUUAAUGAAGAAAAAAAUAAUUAGAAAAA